GAGCACUAGCCGGGAGCGGAAGGCGGUGUUUCGCAGCUCACGGCUCCUGCAGCUGGUCAUUCCAAUCUCUUGGGACUUUGGCUCGUCUUACCCGCCUAACGCCUGGCAGGGGCUGUCCGGCGAUGCAGCUCGGCCGCUUUCCACGAGGAACUUAGCCCGUCACGCUUGCCGCCCGGAUGGAACCGCCGGAAUGCUCUAAAGUCUCCAGUGAAUAUUGAAUUGCUGAGAAAUUUGGGAGAAGACAAGCUGAAGUUUCCAUUCCAUGGAUCCCUUGGGUGCACCUUCCCAGUUUGUGGAUGUGGACACACUGCCAAGCUGGGGGAACUCUUGUGAAGAUCAAUUAAAUGCUUCUGAGAUUGCAGCUGAAACAUACCAGGAAGAGACUAUUAGAUCACCUUUUCUUUAUGAUAAGGAUAUCAAUGGAAAAGUGGUUCUUUGGAAAGGAGAUGUGGCAUUACUGAACUGUACGGCUAUUGUGAAUACCAGCAAUGAAAGUCUUACGGAUAAGAAUCCUGUGUCAGAAAGUAUCUUCAUGCUUGCAGGGCCUGAUUUGAAGGAGGACCUCCAGAAACUUAGAGGUUGCCGGACCGGUGAAGCAAAAUUGACCAAAGGAUUUAAUCUAGCUGCCCGGUUCAUCAUUCAUACGGUGGGACCUAAAUACAAGAGCCGCUAUCGCACCGCCGCUGAGAGUUCCCUGUACAGCUGCUACAGAAACGUCCUCCAGCUGGCAAAAGAGCAGUCCAUGUCCUCUGUUGGAUUCUGUGUCAUCAACUCUGCAAAACGAGGUUACCCUUUAGAGGAUGCAACACACAUAGCACUUCGCACUGUAAGGAGAUUCCUCGAAAUUCAUGGAGAGACUCUUGAAAAAGUAGUAUUUGCUGUCUCUGAACUAGAAGAGGCUACUUACCAAAAGCUGCUACCUCUGUACUUCCCAAGGUCACUGAAGGAGGAGAGUCGUUCGUUGCCAUACCUACCUGCAGAUAUUGGCAAUGCAGAAGGGGAGCCUGUGGUACCUGAACGGCAGAUUAGAAUAAGUGAAAAACCUGGUGCCCCGGAGGAUAACCAGGAAGAAGAGGACGAAGGCUUGGGAGUUGAUCUCUCUUUCAUUGGCUCUCAUGCUUUUGCCCGAAUGGAAGGAGAUAUUGACAAGCAAAGAAGACUGAUCCUUCAAGGGCAGUUAUCAGAGGCAGCUCUGCAGAAGCAGCAUCAGAGAAAUUAUAAUCGCUGGUUGUGUCAAGCAAGAUCUGAGGAUCUAUCUGAUAUUGCUUCUCUAAAAGCCUUAUACCAAACAGGUGUGGAUAACUGUGGUCGCACGGUGAUGGUGGUAGUCGGAAGAAACAUUCCUGUAACGUUAAUAGAUAUGGACAAGGCUCUCUUAUAUUUUAUCCAUGUAAUGGACCACAUUGCUGUGAAGGAAUAUGUAUUAGUGUAUUUUCACACACUGACCAGCGAAUACAAUCACCUGGACUCAGACUUCCUGAAGAAACUCUAUGAUGUCGUUGAUGUCAAGUACAAGAGGAAUUUGAAGGCUGUUUAUUUUGUUCAUCCAACAUUUCGUUCAAAGGUAUCAACAUGGUUUUUUACCACCUUUUCUGUCUCAGGACUGAAGGACAAAAUCCACCAUGUGGACAGCCUCCACCAGCUGUUUUCUGCCAUCUCUCCAGAACAGAUUGACUUUCCUCCUUUCGUCCUUGAAUAUGAUGCCAGGGAAAAUGGGCCUUACUAUACGUCUUAUCUUCCAUCACCAGAUUUGUGACCUGCUGUCGUUCAGCGCUCCUGGUUUCUAAAGACUCCACUUUCUCCGCAGAUCCACUCCCUGUUGAAGCAAUGCUCCUUUUUGCUGUACAGCUCCAGAGAGCCUUUUGUCCCCCACCUCUCUGGUAUUUUUUUAUUGACUGUAUAUUUUCUGGCACAUAGGCAAUCUGAAAAUGGUAGGCCAUUCUGAACUGUACACUUAUUUUAAAUUUGUAUAUUUGUAUCAAAAGAAAAUGUUCACUUUUAGAGGAUUGUUAAUAGCAAUUGGGGAGCAACUUCUGAGUAUCUUCAGUUUCCUGGAAGGACACUGGGUUCUCCAUUAGACAAGCUGCAAUAUCAUUCACAUCAUCCCUCUCACGUUGCACGCCUUCUGUGUGUAUGCAAGUGUUUCUCAAAAUAUAUAGAACCAAUGAAUGCUGACCGGAUGCAUUGUUUGCUUCACAUCCUGGCAUUAACGUUUUAUAACAGAUAAUUUGGUGAGGAUAAAAGAGAAUCAUCUGGGAUCAAGGAUGUAGAAAAAAAUGUAUCUGAUCAAAAAUGUCAGAAAUCAUUAGCAAGAUACAGGUCUUAGAAUUUUACUGCACCAGUUAAGACAAAGACCUAAGGACUAAAGUUUCUGAGUUUGUAUGAUUUAAGAUUGUCCCUGUUAUGGUCUCAACAGUGAAAGAAAAACAAGACUUCCUUCAGCCUUUUUCCUACCGUCAGAGGUGGUUUGGUCUCCAUGUUCAACAGGACAGCACAUAUUAGUAAUCUUAGCAGAGGGUGUCUCCUGAGACGCCAUCAGUGAGCUUUAGAGAAAGCAUGGCUUUCCCAGAGUUGUGAAUGAUUUUAUUUGGCUCUUAGGUCUACUUCCUCUGAGGAUGUUUCCUAGCAGUGUGUCUUGAGUUGCCUACAUCGAUAUGAAGAAAGUGUGUUGACAUGAACAAAGCUCCAGACCACUUUUGCAACUCAGGCCCUAUUUGUGCCUUAGCUUGACUAAAAAUUAGAAUGAUGCUAGCUACCUCACAGAGGUAGCAUGAGGAUAGCAUUCAGAAAGGGCUUUUGAUGUCUUUGGAUGAAAAAUGCUGUGCAGUGGGGUGUCUUCAGUUAGUUUUUCAAUGAGAGUAAAUAUCCUUGAGGGAGUGCUCCAGGACACUCCACUUGUCCUUGGCACAUUUUGAGUGACUUCCCUUUUCUUGGAACAAGAGCUGUUAGUGCAAAAUCCCAACCCUUAGGAUCCCCUCCUAUUUUGUCCAGGUGUCUUCUGGCCUACGCCUCCUCCAGCGCUACACUUUAGCGAGAGGCAUGUGUUAGCCGUUUUAAAUGUUACUUCUUAAAUGAAGGUCACACUAACAUCAUUUCCAUCUGGGUUUCUUCAUACUCCUUUUAAUUCCUGCAUUCACCACUCCCCCUCAUCUCCCUCACCCCAUCAUGUACACUGGCAGUUCAGAGAAGAAAAAUUAGAAUUCUUCUAAUGUGCUCAGGAUUGAUGCUUCCAAGGGUCCCACUCCCUUAGGUCCAAAUUAGUUCUUCAGUGGAGAUAAAAAGAAACAUCGUUUUUCAUUUAUGAUAGAAAAAUGCCCCUGUAGUUGUGUUAACCCCAUCCUCUGUUUUCCUGCGUAAACAAGAAGGGCCUUUACAUUUCUCAGAAAACCAGUCUUGUCUUUUGCAUGUAAUGGACACAUCUGCUUUGUGCCAGUAAUCAAAACCACUUGUUCCUUCCAUAUGCUUGUUUGUUAAGGACUUCCUUUUAUGUUCCCUAGGUCAUCAGGUCUAGACAGCCAGUCACAUGUCUGGUAUUAAGCUUCAUCUCAAACAGUACUACUUCAAUCCUUUGAACCUUGACUUUUAAAAAUCUGAAAAAUUAGCUUUAUCUUCUCCAGUCAAUUCUUAGAUCAUAUUUGAGGUGGCAUUUCACUAGGACCAGUUGUAAAAAUACACCUGCUUUUCUCUGUUAUAGCUGGACUUGGCUACCUCAUGUUGGCAUCUGGCCUGAAUCAUUUCCUUAGAGGGUUCAAGCUACUUUGCUGUUUGGAAAGAAUCAAAUUUUAUAGUUUCUUAUAGGCAGUAAUUUAUAAAAGAUGUCCCUUUGCAAUAUUCACAGCAAUAUAUUAAUGAUUAAUAACAAGCAGGAAUGUUCAAUCGAUGUCCUAGAGUAUAAAGGUGGUAUGGGGCUAUGUACAUAUCAACUGCAUUUAAUAAUUUAAUGAUGACUAAAGAUAAGGUUGCUCUUCUCAGUGAAACUGACUUUGGUAUUGGACCAAGUUAAUACUUUUAUAUAGCUGUCUGAAAUGUUAUGUAAUGAAGUUCUUUCAAUGUACUAAAUCCUAAGAGGGGAGCAUGGUGACCUUGAUGUUGCAAUGAUAAAGUAACGUUCAGGGUAUAUCUGCCUAGGUGACACAUACCACUUUCAAGGAUACACACAUUAGAGAAUAAAUGGGUGAUAACCCCUAGCAUCUGAUAUUAAUUCAAAGCAUCCUCAAGUCCUUAAUUUAAUUAAAUUUCUGCCAUGCCAAAUGCUAGUUGAAUUGAGGGAGAAACUACUUAUAGGCUGUUAAGUUAAUUUAAGUUAGUUCAUGGAAGACAUAAUAUGAUUUUUAAAAUAAGUAUGUUUCUUGCUUCAGUAUAUAUUUGGGUUCCUAACUCAUCUAUAUUCAUCCUUAACUCAUCUAUUUUGCAAUUUCUUGAUGGCAAAAAGACCUUCUGAGAAAAGCUCAGUAUUUAUUAGACUCAAGGUUUAGAGACCAGGUGGUUCAUAUCUUAAAGAUUUUUUUUCUUUAUUUAAUAUAAAUCUUAUUUCAUUGACUGAUGCUCCAUUAUAUUUAUUUUUUCUAAAGUAAACCCUCUAUAAUAGUUGAGACUAAUAGAGGAUUUUUAGAUUACUUUUUAGGGUAAAUGGAUAUAGAUUUUUUAAAUCAAAUAUCUGAAGUUCAAAAUGAUUUAAUCUCUCUCAUUUCUAGAGAGAGAUGGGUAUAAUCACUGUAGUAGCAAAGCGUGGCUUGCCUGUUUCUACCUGUCUUCUCUUUGCUUAGAUGUUAUUUAAUGAAUUCAAACUAUAGAUAAUGGUUUGAUCUUUCCUUUGCUGCAGUUACUAGGAAAGCCAGAAAAUGUAGGUUCAGUAUGAGCUAAAAAAACCACUCCUGGUGUUUCCCCUGGCACACUGUCUGUGUGUGUGUAUAUAUAGUUUAAAUUGCUUAAUAUAUGAAUAGAAAUUACUGGAAUUUGCCCUGGAAAGAGGAAAUUUUUAUGGUUCUAGUAACAGGGGUUGAUUGUAUUAAGGACCAAAAGUACAAGAUAGCAUGUCAACCUCUAAGAUUAGAGUUAGCCAGUGACUUUCAGACUGUGGUUCUCUUAGGUUAUAGUCAUCAUCAUCAACAAGCACUAGAGGGUUUCACCUAGGUAGGUGCUAGUAUAUCUCAGAGUAUGGGAUGGACUCUUGGUUUGCAGUUGCCAAAGAACGUGAAAGAUAAAGGAGGGUUUUAACCUGUGAUCAAGGUCACAUCAUAAACACAGAUUAUGAGGAUUGCCUAGAAGGUCUAACCAUUUAUACAUGUAUAUCUAUAUCUACAUACAUAUUUAUAUUUACACACAGUAAUUGGGUUUGUUUUACAUUCUUUGAAUGUGGUUUAAAUGGCCCAUAUGUAGAGAACAUAAAGCAAUAAAUAGCCUAGUUUAAGCUUUGAUUUUACCAAAAUAGCCCUUGAAAAGAUGAUAUCAAGGUCUUUUUAGAUAUUAGUGACUCCCUUGGAUAUUAGUUACUAACUUUGUUUCCUGUGUUUCUAAGAACAGUAUCUCUGAAUCUUAAGUACAACAUGAUUUAAAUGUAUAGGGCCUCUGAGUUCAGGUCUUCCCUCGUGGCUCAGACGAUAGAGAAGCUACCUGCAGUGCAGGAAACCCAGGUUCAGUCCCUGGGUUGAGAAGAUCCCCUGGAGAAGGGAAUGGCUACCCACUCCAGUAUUCUUGAGAAUUCCGUGGACAAAGGAGCCUAGCAGGCUACAGUCCAUGGGAUGUCAAGAGUCAGACAUGACUGAGCAACUAACAUGAGCAAAGUCUGAGUUCAAGAUGAAAAGGAUAAAUAUUCUCUAGGUAAAUUACACUGACAAAAUCAUAACUGCUGAAUGUGAGCUAGUAUUUUUGUUGAACAGUUAAAACCAACACAUUUUGUAUAUACAAUCAUAUCUUUUUUUUUUUUUGGUGGUGUGUUUUGUUAGUGUAAUCACACAGUCAUCAUAAACUGAGCCAAGACUUUGUCAAACCAGAUGUUGUGGACCAAAACAUUUAAACAAGAGCUGAACAUAUGUAAAUGAUUUUAAUAGCUUUUGGGCAAAGGAGACCUAACAAAGUUUUGAUUGAUGUGAUCUUGAGAUUUGUUUAUUCAAAACUCACAAGUUUUGAAUAUUUUUCAUUUAAAAACAUAUUUUGUUCUUUUUGAAUUAGAAGUUAGAUCCCUUUUAAAGAGAGUCCCCCUCUAUACAAAUACAGCCAUUAAGAGCUGGUUAGUAAAAUGGUAAUGUUUAUAUUGAACCCCAGGGUUAGGACAGUCUUUUAUGGCCACUAUACCUGGCAUUUUCCUAAUCACUUAAAUUAGCCUACAGAGCAAUAUAAAAUGCAGUAAAUUUUAUUGUCAACCUUCUCUGUAGAGACCUAGGCUGGUGCUUCUCAAAUUUUAAUGUGCAUAUAUUAAAUCAGCCAGGAAUACAUUAAAAUGCAGCUCCUGAUAUAGUAGGUCAGGGUGGAGCCUGGGAUUUUCAGUUUCUUUUUUUUUUUUUUGGCCAUGCCACAGGGCACGUGGGAUCUUAGUUCCCUGACCAAGGAUUGAACAUGUGCCUCUUGCCUUGGAAACCCAGAAUCUCAACCACUGGACCACUGAGGAAGUUCCCAAUUCUCAAUUUCUAACAAGCUCUUAGGUGAUAUCAAUACUCCUGGUUGAAAGACCACACUUCAAGAGCCUAGGCUAUAUUUAGCUUCCAUAUUGUCCCUGUUUCUGGUAAAAAAGAUAGAACUUAUCAUUGUAAUAAUACCUUCUGCAGGCCAGGCAUUCACACAUUCCUUAUCUCAUUUAAUCCUCUUAACAAAUCCUCUGAAGUACAUGGUGAUAGAAGUUCAGUGCUGCUAAAGCCCAAAGACACAAGCAGUGCAGUAUAGAGAGGUAUUUCUCAAACUUGAAUAACGCACAUCCCCUUUUAAUACAGAAAAAUUCUCUUAGCUCCUCAGUUUUUUACUUUAUUUAUUAUAGUGUUAUCUAUGUAUAUAUAAAGUUACAUAUAAAUGCCUUGUGCUUAUAGCUCUUGCACAAGUAUAAAAUCAAAAGUUUACAGGUCAGACACAAACUAUGAAACUAAUGCAAUUUAAAAUAACGUUGACUAAGUGGUGGAUGACGGCGUUUUGCCAAGGGGAAGCUGUGAAGUGAUUAUGGUACUGAGUGCCGUAACACAGCUCAUAUAUUCAGCAUGCCCCUACUGCCAUGUGAGUGGCGACUCCGUUCUCCCGCUCUCUGUUCAGACUGUAGCAUUUCUUUGUGUAGCACGUAGUGGUGGCGUUUGGUCUUCAUGUAGCUUCAGUACAUCAUUCCCCUGUUAAAUUAGUCUCUCUUCUCCAUAAGCUUCCACAACUAGCGCAGAUCCUGGCUUUAACACGCAAGUUAAAUGAUACAAACUGGGGCUGUAAAACAUAUUUGGCUUUAAGGCAGUUAUUCAGAUAAUUCAGAACAUGAAUACUGAUUAUUUCUUAGAAGUUCCAUCAACAUGAAAACUGUCUAAUUCUCAUAGUAAACUCCUGAGGCUCAUCCCACAAACAUACACACAGAGACUCUUAAUUCCCCUUUCCCCUCCUCUCUCUCCCAACAAGAAUUUUUCAUGGUGGUUAACAGCAUUGGUCCUCUGGCUUCUGACACACCUGGAUUCAGACCUGGGCAUGUUUCUCAGCAUUUUCUGAAUUCCAAUGUUUUCAUGUAUUAAACAGGGAUAAUAAUACUGAUUGAACAGUUAAGAGAAAUAAAUGUAAUCAUAUUCAUAAAGCAUGCAUAGUAAGUGUUUAUAAAUGGUAGCUACCAUAGCUUUGAUUGGAAGUAGUAAUAACUAACCUUUGGCAAUUCGCUCUGUGCCUCUAAUGCUGCUAAACUCUCUGCGUGUGUUCUCUUACGUACUGAGUUGUAGAUGGUUGUCAUUCAGCCACUAAGUCGUGUUCGACUCCGUGUGUCCACGUGGACUGCAGCACGCCAGGCUCCCCCGUCCUUCACUGUCUCCCAGAGUUUGCUCACAUUCAUGCCCAUUGAGUCCGUGAUGCUAUCUAACCAUCUCAUCCUCUGCUGCUGCCUUCUCCUUUUGCCUUCAGUCUUCCCCAGCAUCAGGGUCUUUUCCAAAUGAAUCAGCUCUUUACAUCAGGUGGCCAAAGUAUUGGGGUUUCAGUUGUAGGAUUGAGGUUCAAAUCCUGACUGCAAAGCUCAUGCUCUUAUAAAAAAUAAUUAAUAUAGAACGUCAGCACUAAGUUACUUAUUUAAAAAGUUAUUUAAUGUUAAAUUGUACUUUCUCAAAAAUUUUGUUAUAGAAUUAAUGUUUCCCUGAAGGGGAAAUGGCUUAGGUUCCUUUUAAUAAUUGUAUGAUGUGCUAAUCAAAUUGACACAUAAUAAAUGUAAGUUUGUUUUAAAGGCUGUCAUGCUAGGUUGUGGUCCAGUGAAGAUACUAGGUCCAUUAGGCUUCACUUGAGCAUUAUUGUUCUUUUGCAUAUUUAAGACCUGUAACUAAUGGUCUUAUAUAAUGUGAGAUUCUUAUUGAAUCUCUCUCAAUGCAGCUUUUUUGCAGAAAAUAAUUCCCUCUUCCCAUGGUACUAUCCUGGUAUUCCUUGACAGUCUGAGAAAUAAUACACAAACAUCUUAAUUUUCACCUGUGAGACACAUUUUUAAAAAUUGUACCAACUGUUCUUUAAAAUUGUUCCUGCUAGUACGUCUAUCAUUUCCUAGUUUUUGUUCAAAAAAAAAAGCUAGAGUUUUAAAAAAUGAACAAACACAUCUGUUGGCCAGAUGUUUAUUUCUUUUUUUGUUUUGUUUUGCUUUUUUUUCUCUAAUUAGGUGUUGGGAGAAUAUACUAGGAGGGAGUUGUAAGAGGAACUCAUUUAUUAACAAAGAUAGUAAACAUUUGGAUAAAUUAUUAGAAUUAGUUGGAGCCACACAAAAUGUGAGGCUGUCAUUGAAUUUUAUUAAAAUCUAUUGUAAAAAUACUUCCCUUUAUGCCAUCUUACGUAGAAGCAGCAUAAUCUCUGUUGUGGAAGUUACUGAUUCUUUUUCCAAUCCAGCCUUUUUCCCCCCACCCCAUCAUCAAGAUCUUUAAGUUCAAUGAAUGUGUGCCUCUCUGUCCAUGUGAGUUAUCAAGAUAAAAGCUGUGUUCUAUGUGUUACUUCACUGCCUCACCCCAUAGCACAGCAUAAAAAUCUUUCUGUGGCUUCAUAUCACAGACAUGGCCAAGUUCUACCUGAUUUUCUCUAUUUUAGCAGUCUGUUAAUUGAUUUGGGUUAUGAGCCCUUUCUCAAUUCAUGUUAGUCUCCUCUUCUAUUAAUUUUAAGACUGGCUCGUUCUACCUUUUCUCUUAUUAUUUGGAUGUAAUGCCCUCUGGUUUUUUGCAUCUUUAAAAUCCAGAUUUGUUCUCUGUAGGAGUAGGUAUAUGAACCAUUUGACUGUUUCAUUAUGUCUCCUAGUUCAGAUGUGUCUGGCAUUUUCACUCUGAAAUACUAGUUAUGAAUUAUAACAUCAUUGACUUUUUAAGCAUAGGUGGGUUAUGUUUUCUAUGAAUUUUAUUUCUUGUAGUAAAAGUAGGUUUUUAAAAUUUUACAUGAAAGGGGGUAUUGGUUCUCAAAGAGUAAAAAACCACUGAACUCUCUCAUCUUACUGAUGAAGAAGUAGAGGCCCAGGCAAGUUAAGGCAGCCUGGAUGCCUCACCAGAUCCUGCGGUUUGCAGAUUGUUUGAAGAUGACCUUGACAUCUAUAGCUGGAGCUCUUUGGUUUAACUGUGUUUGCCCAGCUGCUUGAUUUUCACAUUCCCUCUUAUGUCCUCCAAGGCAGAUUUUUUUUUUUUUUUAUCAUUUUUUAUUUAUGUUGCACUUGACUUAGCCAAGUUCCAGGGAAGGACCAAGUUCAGGAAUUAACAGCAGAGGUUAUCAGUCAUUCAGGGACUGUGAAAAUAUUUGGGGAUGGGAGAUAAUUGUUCAUUUGAAGUUAUAAGUGUGUGAUUUUAGUUUUUUACCCAACUAUCCAUUCACUCCCAUUCACUGUCCACCUCUUAAGUAAAAAUUCCUCCUUCCAACAAAACUGAACAAGAAAGCAGCUUUUAAAGCGUUUGAUUUUAGAAACACUGAGAAAAUGCCAAUCUGAAUAUGAUAAACGUAUACCACCUAGAGAACUGCACAGACUUUGGCAGUGCUACCCUAUCCAGUGCCAAAGCACACCAAAAUAGGCUCUGUAUUAACAUUGUGGAGGCUCUUGCAGGAGAAACUGAAUUCUUACCUAUGAGCCCAUUUUUCUGUCAUGUAGUUUUAUAGCAUAGACAUUCUCUACUUCUUCCUGAGGCAGUAAGCAAGAUCACAGUACAGAGAUCCCAUACAGUACAGAUGCUAUACCUCUACUCAUUCAGUAAAUAGUUCCUAAGGAUCUGUAUAUUAAAAUAAUGCUAGCUGCCGUAACAAAUAACAAUGAACAUGCUUAAUGGCUUAAACACGUUAGAAAAUGUAUUUCUCACAUAAAGCCUGAAUAGAUAUUACUGGUGAGCAAGCACUCCUAGUCCUGAUUCAGAGACCUAAACUCCUUCAAUUUUGUGGCUCCAUCAUCUUCAAUAUGUGGCUUUCAAAUUGUUAGUUGCUCAGUCAUGUCUGACUCUUUGUAAUUCCAUGGACUAGACAUCCAGCCAGGCUCCUCCAUCUGUGGAGUUUUCCAGGCAAGAAUAAGGAGUGGGUAGCCAUUCCCUUCUCCAGGAAAUCUUGACUCAGAGAUCAAACCCAUGUCUCCUGCAUUGCAGCCAGAUUCUUUACCUUCUGAGCCAUCAGGGAAGCUCCAUGGCUUUCAAAGGAUACACACUUUUCCAUUUCAAGCUGGCAGAAGGGGAAGAACCCGGAGGACUUGUCACCUGGAGGUGACACAUAGCACUUCCAUUCAUAUUCCACUAUUUAGAACUCAAUCAUUGGCUAUACCUAACAGCAAGGUCAGGAGCUGGGGAAUGUAGACUAACUGGGGGCCCAGGAAAAGAGGCAUAGGAACUUGGUGCCCAGCUUUUGGCAAUAAUCCAAGCAGUCUACUACAUGGUAGAAAAAAUAUAAAAAAUAUGUUCCAACCACAUAGGAAUAAAUUACCCUGCAAUGAAAGAAAUGCUCCACUAGAGAGAUGUUAAACAUCAGAGAAGGGUGUUGGCACAUGAUCACAACUUUGCCUGAAACAAAAUCCCAUGGCAUAGCUUAGGAUGCAUCUGUAAACUGAAGCUCCUGGUUCAGACCCUCUACACCAAAUGUGCUUGUACUCUAGAGCAGAAAGAAUAUGGAGGCAUCCAGAUGCCUGUUCCUGCAUCUUACAAUAUCUUACUACUUCAAUUUUGUGGAUCAAGAGUAUUGACUUCUUAGAAAUGCAUACUCUUCAGGCCUAACCCCAGAACUAUGGAAUCAAAAUGUGCAUCUUAUCAAGGUUCCCCCAGUGAUUGGCAUCCACAUUAAUUUUGAGAGUCACAUUGUGAUCCUGGCUCUGACACUUACUAGUGUGACUUUAGCUAAAUUGCCCCAACUCUGCCCGCUCCCUUCAUCUGUAGAGUAGGGGGUAAUUGGAUGUUGGAAUAUCUCUCUAGAGAUAAUGUACACAAAUGUUAAAUAACACCUGACAGUCAGCAAGCGUUGGAUAUUUUCUUACACUAAGUAUUUACUUUAAAAAACAACUGUAAGGAGAUACAGCUCUUUGAACUGUUAACUCUUUGAACACAUCCUCUUUCAACCCGUAGGACUUCAGCCCUUUGAAAUGGUGAGAGGUCUUUUAUUCACAUGGUUUAGUGUUCCUUAGAAAUGUAUCAGCUCAGAAAAAAUAAACAUUUCCAAAGUCAGUGAAUGGUGUUUGUCCCAGUAAGCCCUAAUAUAGACAGCAGCCAUGGUCUCAAUCAAUGAAUUUUGUAAACUUUAAAGUAUACACGGACGUGAUCUACUUACAUGCCCAACCUUGAGAGACAGUAAAUUCUUAAGGAACUUUAGUUAUAUAUAGUAACCUUAGAUUAAUUGAAACAGGAAAAACCAUUUAUUUAUAAAUUAAAUAAUUUGCUUCAACCAGAAAAUAACAGUUUUCAGCCUUUUGGAAAUGUGUUUUUCUUGUGUAAUCUUUGUGUCUCAUUUAGUAAGUGUAAUAUAUGCAUAUUAAAGUUAAUUUUUGCUUUAUGUAAUGAUUUAAAAUGCAUAUCUAGAUCUGUCAACACCUUGGGUUUAUAUUUUUAAUACUGUUUCUCUUAAUCCUAUGUGGUUAGUGUUAAUGUGGUUAGAAAUUUUUUCAGAGAUAAGGCUGAAUAGGUACUGCUCUAAGAAUACAAUCUGAGACUUAAAAACAUCUUUAAAGUCAGAUCCUAAUAUCAGCUUCUUUGAUUUUUUUUCCUCUUGCUCCUAAGUUACAAUUUUAAAAUUUCAAUUUGAAUAAGUUAUGUUUAUUGAUGUUAUGGGUGGCUUACUGUAGUUCAUUAGAUUAUUUAAAACUGGGAAAUAAAUUGAAAGACUAACUAUUAUGGCUUUCACUGAAAGAAAGGAACAAGACAAGAACUACUUGCAUUUUAGUUCAUAUGGGAGCAUCUAAGUCUAAGUCUGUAUGUGCCCCUAUGCAUUUAGACCUGGCCUCACAAGUCAUAGAGGAAUCAUCCUUCCCAUGUGACAAGUGAGGUCGAAAAUGUUGCAAGUUAUUUGCUUUGUACAGCACUUAGUGCAAGACCAGAACUAAGAGGCACUAACACUUUCCUGUUGAAUCCAUCUUGUUGGUAUGUUGAACAAACAAAUUCAGUUUUGAACCUCAUCUAACCCCCACAGGAGUUACACAAGAAGUGGGAAAAAGGCAAAAAUCCCAUGUUUUAGUCACAAUAGUGAAAUGGCACAGUGUAAAGCCACUCUGCAUCUAGUGUUUUUCUUGUUUGUUUUAUCUUUAUAAUUUAUUGUAACAUGUACCAAAAUCAGAUUAUAAUAUAAUUCUAUGUUAUAUCCUUUUUGAAUAUAAAGACUUCUAUUUCUAUUCUAA